AUGUCCUUCAAGCGGGAGGGCGACGACCCCAGCCAGCUCCAGGUGCUCCAGAAACGGAGGGUGGCAGAGCUUCUGGCCAAUUACAUCCCCGAGGACGAAGCCUUCCUGUUGCGCGAUGGCAGGUAUUCCUGCACCAUCUGCUUCCAAAGGCCCGUUUUUGACACUCUGGACAUGCUCACAGUCCAUCGUUCUGGAAAGAAACACUUAGCCAGUUUGCAGAAUUUUUACGGGAAGAAGCGUUCUCUCGAGAACGAGGUUCAGAAGCGUCAGCAGCAGGCGUACCUGGAGGCGGAAGAGAGCGGCACCCAGGUGGCUCAGCGACCCGCCCCUUUGCUAGCCCAAACGCGGAGGAUCACCCAGAAUGCCUUGCUGAAAACCGUGCCCUACAGCAGCUGCUGCCGCCCCAAAAGGAAUCAGGCCGGUGCCAGCACUUCGGGGGCGAAUGCUGAGACCACCGGGAUGCCCAAACCCUCAAGUUCUGAUUCGGUGGACGAAGAACGGCAGGUUGAAGAGGAAGCCAGCCCCGCCGUCCAUUCAUCCGGCUGCAGACUCGCAACAGCAGGUCAGAAGCCGUUUCGAGAACUUGCGACAGUAAUCCCAGGCACAAAAUGCACAGAGAUGGGCGGUCCGUCUCGCAGGGAACAGCCUCGACAGAGGAAGUUUGUCCGUCAAGGAAAGGGGCGCACUGCACGGAAAUCCUCCGAGCCCAACGAUCCGGAGAAGCAGCGUGCCUUGGAGCACUAUCUGAAGCUGAAAAGUUCGGGGUGGAUUCAGGAUGGGUCGGGCAAGUGGGUCAAAGACGAGAACGUGGAGUUUGAUUCGGACGAGGAGGAGCCCCCGAUGCUGCCCCCCGCCCUGAUGGCGGACGGAAACCCCCCCACCGGCCGUGCCUUGGAAGCGUGCGAGGGACACCCGGAAAUCAGAAAUUAA